AUGGCGUCGUCGGUGCAGCGUAGUCGACAGACCGUACCUCAGGCGUUCACGAACGCGGGGGCGAGGGUGGGCUCGAACGGCAGCAGCCAGGACCUUCCCACGGCUGCUCAGCGCCUGGAGCGCACGCAGAGCUCAUCUCAGCAGACAGAGCUCUUGGAGCGCCCCGUAUUCGUAGUCCCCAAGGCCGCUACUGUCUCAUUGCUGCAGCGCAUGGAGGCGCGCGAUAGCGGUCGCGUUGGCGGCGCGGGCGACGGCAACGCUGCGAGAGCGGCCCUAUCCCAGCACUCGGUGCAGCGGCAGCGCGUGCGUGCACCAGUGCUGUCUAAGGCUACCCUUGCCAACAACAAUGCCACGGGUGGGGCGCAGAGGCUGCCAUCUACGGGCGAGUCAACACUGAAGGCAGGAGCGCAGCGACGCCGGAUCGUAAAGGAUGGCAUCAACGCGGGCGCGCCUCAUGACGCGACGGAGUCUUCGAAAGAGCGCAGCUCCGGCGUCAAAGUUAACGGCAGCAGUCGCCGUAACAGCAGUGUGACGGGAGGGAAUGCACCUAGCCGAAUCAAGGUUGUGUCGCGCUCCGGUGCACGAGGGCCGGCGUCCCAAUACAAGCCACUCGGCAUGUGGGGCGAAAAAGGAUUCUCGUCAGGGAACCCACACCACUGGACUUCUUCAGCGAUGCUGUCACCGUCGCGCACCACUAUGACGGUUUCCGGUGACUGCUCUGCCAGACUCAGCAUCCAAGAAGUUUCCGACGUGCUUAGCCCCAUGACCCCUGCCAAUCGCGCCUACUACAAGACCCUGCAGACGCAGCAGCGGCAGAUGCGGAGCGGCGGCUGGAUCGGUGCUGGGAAUCGUGGCGCCGGCGAUGAUGAGCCCACGGACGGCGACUCCCCUGUUGACUUCGUGGUGGAGGACGCCGCGCCAGAUUACAUUGUGCCUGGCGGCGCGGGGAAAGGCAACUAUGGCGGACAGGCUUCCAAGCCCGGCUUUGAUUUCCUCUUCAACGCCGUGACAUUGAAUGGGGAUACGCUGCAACAUCAGAACCAUGCGCCAUGGGCCGCAUCGCGUGCGCCGACCCAAGGAGAGGCUCUGGCGAGCGGCACCACAGCAACGCAGCAGACCGGUGAGGCUGUUCGCUUAACCACCAUGGGCAACAUGGGCAGCGACCCCGUCGGCGCCAGAGCCGACUUUGACUCCUCCCGUGGCGUGUCAAAGGAGCGGGCCAAACUUUCGAGCGAGGUGAAACGCCAUAACGGACUCCCGAUGGCCAAAGUGCCGCCGCUGGCGCUCGACACGAUCAACGCUAAUCGCAAAACUGUCAAGGCCACGUACAAGGUUUCUCACCCCAAGCCUGGCAUGGUGGUGCCCGAUAUAGAGAGUUCGUCGACGGAAUUCUCAGAGACGGUGAACAACUCUUCGUUGCCCGUCAACUCUGAGGCACCGGACGUGACGGUGUCGUCCACAACCGACGCGGUGUCAAACCUCUCAAGAGGCGGCCUUAAUGAAGGCAGCGGAGAAGACAAGGGAGUGGGUGUCGGCCACAAUGGCCUUCGUCUGGCGGACAGGGGCGCGAACGGGACUCGCACCGGCGUUGCCGGUCCCUCAGCGCCAAAGGGCGGCCCCAAGAACUACGGGAGGCCAGGCAUGUCUUCCAUCCCGUUAAAUGAUACAAGGAACGGCUCACAAGACCGUGGGGCGUCGUCGUCCUGGAACGGGCGCGGCAGUUUCGGUCGCAACGCUGGCGGUUUCCAGAUGAAUGCGGGGCCCGCUGGCUCAACCGAAAGACAGCGCCGGAGUGAGGGGGCGAAUGGGAGGGGUUCAAGGAAUGCCAGGCAUAAGGCUACCAGCGCCAACAAGCAAACGAAGUGUUGUCUCGUCAUGUAG